UGAAACGCUGAAGCAUUGUUUCCGCUUUCACGCUGCUCUGGGUUUAUGGGUGAAGCCGGUUUAAGGAACAGCUGAUUGGAAUUCUUCACGGAACAUUUUUCAAUUUUAUGCGGUUUUGAAGUGCUUUUUGCAGCGUGACAGGACGGAGAUAUGAAUAUUAAAGUCACGGAGUGAAUGAUGGCUUCAGGAUGGCGGCAGCCUCGAUCAGUUAGAGCUGCUUUUCUCUUUAACACCACCAUCAUCAUCCUCCUCCUCCUCAUCAGCACCGGCGCACAGACGCACACCUGUGACCAUAAAGUGCCCCUGCCUACAGAGGUCAUACAUAAAGUGUUUUUGAAGCCAGAUAGACUGACCAAAAGAAGCACUGACCAGCAGUUAAAGAUCCAAAUAGAGUACGACUCCAGCUUGGAUGGGUUAGAUGAAGCCAAAAGCAGCCUUGUGAAGGACGAGCUCCUCCCGCAGGCUAUUGAUUAUCUUCAGAAGGCCUUCAGGGUUCGUGGGCAGUCAGGUCCAAUAUUACUGAGCAGACAAUGCGCAACCAAUCAGUACCUUAGGAAAAGAGAUGAUCCACAUCGCUACUGUCAGGGACCGUGUGCAGACAUCACCAAGUGCGGCCCAGUUGUUGUUCCUGAACAACAUUUGCAGCAAUGCAGGGUUUGCAGUGAGUCUGGCAAGUCCUGCGGCCCAGCUGGUCCUCCUGAUGGUGAGGGGGUGGUGAGGGCUGAUUUUGUGUUGUACGUGAGUGCGAUGACCACAGAGCGCUGUGGACAAGAAAACAUCGUAGCCUAUGCAGCAUACUGCCAGCUGGAGUCUGAACUGGACAGGCCCAUCGCUGGAUAUGCCAAUCUGUGUCCCAAUAUGAUCUCUACUCAAGCUCAGGAGUUUGAAGGGAUGCUGUCUACAGUCAAACACGAGAUCAUACAUGCCCUGGGUUUUUCUGCAGGACUCUUUGCGUUUUACCACGAUGAUGAUGGGAAACCUUUGACACCACGUUCUGCAAGUGGUCUACCUGCAUACAAUGAAAGUUUAGGGUUAUAUCAAUGGAGUGAUAAAGUCAUCAAAAGAGCAACUCGGCUGUGGGACAUUCGUGGAGGCCACAUGGUCAGACACACGGUCCAUCUUCUGGCCACCCCACAUGUAGUUGAGGAAGCCAGGAGACAUUUUAAUUGCCCCAUUCUAGAGGGCAUGGAACUGGAGAACCAGGGAGGUGCUGGCACCGAGUUCAACCACUGGGAAAAACGUCUGUUAGAGAAUGAGGCAAUGACUGGAUCUCAUACACAGAACAGAGUGUUUUCCAGAAUUACUUUGGCCAUAAUGGAGGAUACAGGGUGGUACAGGGCCAAUUAUAGUAUGGCGGAGAACUUGGAGUGGGGAAGAGGUUUGGGUUGCGACUUUGUGAUGAAAAGCUGUAAAUUCUGGAUAGACCAACAUCGCCAUACGAGGCCAACCCUGAGCCCGUACUGUGAUUCUGUGAGGAGCGCACCUCUGCAGCUCACCUGCAGGCAGGACCAGCUGGCAGUGGCUGUGUGCAACCUGCAGAAGUUUCCUCAGUCACUUCCUGCAGAGUAUCAGUACUUUGACCUUAUCCCUGGUGUCCCUGAGGAAGAUUUGCCAGCAUACGGAGGGGCUGUAGAGAUCGCAGACUACUGUCCUUUUAGCCAGGAGUUUAGUUGGCAUGUGGGUGGGGAAUACCAGCGCAGCUCUUACUGCAGGAUACAGGAGAACCAGCCAGCCACAUGGAGAAACUAUGGGGUGGAACAGUAUGGCCCGGGUUCAGUGUGUCUGUACCAGAAGUCGCCAUUUGUAAUGGAGCAGUGCACCAAAAGAAUGACCUACCCAGACUGGGGCAGUGGUUGCUAUAAGGUGUCUUGCACAGCCCAAGGGUUGUUGGUCUGGGUGCAGAAUGAGUCCUAUCCAUGUGUUCGUGCUGGUCAGGUGAUCAACGUGAGCAUAGGAAUGAAUGGAUGGGUCUACAGUGGACAGCUCAUCUGCCCAACCUGCUCUGACUUCUGCAGUGUCUGCCCCCUCCCUCAUGAGAUCCCCCCUCAAAACACCACCAAGAGUGCCCACUUAGAUCCCUGUUCCAGGUCUUCUUGUUUGGUGGUGAACUUAUGGCAGCUCCUGUUAACUCUUACUCCACUGCUGAUCGGCUUCCUCCUCUGUGGCAGGGAAUGAAUUUGUUCCCAGUUUAUUGGGUGAAUAUGGAUGCCUUGAUAUGCUACAGGCUUCCCUUGAGGUUUAGCUGCUGUGGAGGGCAUAGUGUAGUCUGUGAUCUGAUAACUGUUCUCUCUCUGUGGAGGUGUGGACUGUAGGUGGGAUUGAAAAGCCAUUGAUUGCACUCCUCCUUGCCUGGCUGUCAGGUGCCAGCGAGCUGUUGAUCCAGUGUGAAGCCAUAGUCAUGCAAGUUAUGGUUAUGUAGGUGCUAAUUAAUGUUCUCUUUGUCUCUCUGAUGGACCUGUAGCAUUUUGGGUCAUGAAAUUUGCAUCUGGUUGAGAAUGAUGGGAGAAAUUCUCUCUGGUCUUCUGCUCACGGUGCUUCUCUGUUGUUUCGUAAAAUUACUUGCUGGCAAUGUUUUGAUCAGCGUAUAUCAGGUCAUGUGACUGACGAUGCUUGUGAUUUUGCAUGUGAGAUUGUGCAGGUGAGAUCUCUGUUAAGGUUUGUGCAAGUGCUGAUUUUUAAUUUAUUUUUAUUUUUUUUGAUAAUUGAUAGAAAUUUGAAUGUUGCUGUUAUACAAGAUAAAUAACUCGGAAAGGGUUUAAACGUGUUUGAAUUAAUACACAGAUGGGUUCAGAAGUCUGAGAUUACAUUAAAAAUCUGAGAUUUGUUUUUUUAAUUUACAGGUAAAUAGAACAUUUUUGAAUUUUGAGAUAUUAAAAAAAAGGAAAAAUUUUCUAGGUCACUAAAAGUUGACAUUGUUCAUGGGUCUCUUUAUACUGACAGUCAGAUGUUCUUGCUUCCUUUGAAGCACAAGAUGCUCUUUGUAUCAUUCUCAAAUCAUGCUGGAGAACGUUUACACAUUCUCAAGUUCACGAGCAGAUACCAUUUUAGUUUUAUUUUAUAUUUUGAAUUAGUUUUUAUUUUAAUAUUUUGUUUUAUUUUUAGUCUUUUUGCUGUGAUUUUUGUGAUUUUUAUUUACUUUCAUUACUUUCAUUUUAUUUCAGUAUUAGUUUUUUUUAAUUAUACUAACUUUACAUGAAUGUUGCCUGUUCAACUAACUGAAGUAUUUUUCUAUUAAUUUGAUUUCAAGUAACAAUGUUUUUUUUUUUUCAUGGUUUAGGUUAACUAUAAUAACCCUGACUCGACAACGGAUGACAAACCAAAUACUGAGAAAUUUUUACAUUUCUUUUCAUUUUUAAUUGAACUGUUCACUCAAAUUCUGUCGAUAUUAUAUUAUUUCUAAGACAUUUUGUACUAAAUUAAAUGCUGUAAAAUACUGCAUUUUCAUUAUUGGUCUCAGACGUGGGGACCUCGUUGUACGUGUGUGAUUUUGAAAUGUGUUGCCAGAUUUCGGUCCUAAAGGGAUGUCCUACCAAGGCUGCAGAUCUUUAUAGACUUUGUUGUCUUAUAACAAUCAACUCACUAAAAGCCCUUGAGAAAAGUGCUUUUUAUAGACCUUCAUAUGAGAUCAGAUGACAUUAGCGUUUUUUUUUUUUUUUUUAUGAUGCUAAUAUAGAAUUUGUCAUGGUGUCAAUCCACUACAGUAGCAAGGUGCCAUUAGUAGGACUCUUUUAUCUGACCUUUUAUUUUUAAAACAGAAUAUCUAGCACAGAUAUUCCAUUAAAAAACUUUUGCAGGUGUUACAAAAAAACAGGUGUUGAUUAUUGUCCUACUGUAGUCACAUUGUAACUCACUUUGUUAAUGCAUUCAAAAUGUAGCCAUUAUUUUAAAAAUGAAACUGGGGACAAAUACAGAGGAGUUGCACUGCAUAUGUAAUAGUUUAGAGACUAGAUUGUUACUGGUGUUAGAGGACUAGUGAAGGUGUCUGUUAUGUAAUUAUCUGGUAUUAUACUUGUUCUUUUUAAUCUUAUAAUAUUGAAUGAGUAGAUGAUUUGAACCCUUUGCCUUUCAUAACUUUUUAGACUUCUUUUUGUUAGGUAAUACAAUGCUUUCAUUUUAGGACACAGUAUUAGUUGCUGAGAGACAAACAUGGCAGCUUUAAUACAACAUUAAUUUAGAGCCUUUGCAUAUGGAAUUUUGUGUAAAUAUGUUUCUAUUGUAGUACUGAUUGCUGAUGUGUUAAGAAUGUUAUUUUGCGUUUAAGCAUACUGUCUGAUGAAGAGAUCAAUUGUGUGAAAUACAGAGCAAAUGAGAUUCCAGAUUUCAUAGUGAAACUAAAAUAUGGUGUGAUUAUGGUAUGAUUCAUAUUUACUGUAUGUAUGUGGAGUUUAUAUUUCGAAAUGUUGGACUGAAUGAGUCUUACAGUUUUAACGGCUCAUUAUAAUGCAACUGAAGGGGUUUUGUACUCUCAAUCAAACCUCAACUCAAAUGCCUUUCCUUUCACAGUAUUCACUUAAAGACAGUAUAAGCAUACAGUUUUAACAGUAUAUCUGAACAUAAUUUUUUAGAUUGAAAGCAAACUUUUGUGUUUUGCUCAUAUAGGAGACCCUUUUCUUGAAAACUGUAAUCAUCACUGUGAGCAUUGACACUUAGUAGCAUUGGAGCAUUUACAAGCAUAUUAUUUAAUUUCUUAUUAUACUUUUUCUGUUAUUUACAAUUGAUUUGUCACAAAGGACAGUGGUACAUUUUAUACAUAUAAAUAUU